CAAACAAGAACAAGGAUGAAUUCCCCCCCCCCCCCCCAAUUAGAGUUUUGUUACAUGUUUAUUUAAUUUAACUGUGUGACUUUUUAAUACUUUAAUUCUUUCAAUAUUUUCUAACGCCUUCUAGUUUUAACUCUUUCCAAUUUUGUUCAACUUUUUCAUGUUUUUUCUAACAUCAAACUCUAAAAUUCAUAGCCAAAAAAACAAAAAAUUACUUCUGGGUAUCCUAAGUUUUAUGGUAAGAACUUGCAGGUAUCCCUAAUUUUUAAAAUAUAUUGCACUUUAAAAUAUGAGAAAAAUUAACUAUGGGAAGAUUUUUCAUUCCUCCUCCGUCAAACGUAAUGGAAUUAUCACUUCCAUCAUCACCCAUCUUCGUGUUCAUCAAAAGAACCAUAGCUAUUUCCACCAAAUAGCCAACCCAAUCGCAUGGGACGGCCUCAGCCCUAACUGCUGAUGCAUUCCCUCUAUGAAACACCUGCUGCUGAUUCCGGGAGUGUCUACUUACCGGGCAUUCUCAACGGCAAGCUCUAGAGAAUACACAAUCAAGAGUCUAUGUUCCGAUCCCUUUUUGGACACUGCUCAGUUAUGGUUGAACCGAACGCUUUUCCCUCACUUUCUUCAAGAAUGCAUCCGAAUCCAGUCUCUCCCAUUGACCAAACAGCUCCACUCCCUGAUCCUCACAUCUGGGUGUUUCAGAGAGCGAUUCGUGACCAAUCACCUCCUCAAUGCGUAUUCAAAACUGGGUCGUUUAGAUGUUGCUCGUUUCUUGUUUGAUAGAAUGCACAACCGAAAUGUCCUGUCUUUUAACAUCUUGGUGGGUGGGUACAUACAGAACGGCGAUUUGAAUAAUGCCGCCAAACUGUUCGACCAAAUGUCUGAAAGAAAUUUGGCGACUUGGAAUGCUGUUAUUAAUGGGUAUACCCAGUUCGAGUUCAAUGAAAAGGCGUGGAACUUGUUCUUCGAAAUGCACGGGCUUGGUUUCUCGCCUGAUGCAUUUACCCUUGGGAGUGUUCUGAGAGCUUGUGCUGGAUUAAGAGAUUUGAACAAGGGCAAACAAGUUCAUUCUUAUGCUGUGAGGGCAGGGCUUGAGGGUGAUUUGGUUGUUGCGAACGCGCUUGCUCACAUGUACAUGAAAUCUGGGAAGUUCGAAGAAGGGGAGAGAAUAAUUAAGGGGAUGGCAUUCCAGAAUGUGGUUGCUUGCAAUACUCUUAUUGCCGGGAAGGCACAAAACCAGUGCUCUGAAGAGGCUUUGGAUCAGUAUCAUAUGAUGAAAUUGUCAGGGUUGAGGCCUGACAAGAUUACGUUUGUAAGUGUGAUCAGUUCAUGCUCUAAGUUGGCCGUUCUGGGACAGGGCAGACAGAUUCACACUGAGGUGAUAAAAACCGGAGCCAUCUCUGAAGUUUCUAUUGUCAGCUCCCUGGUCAGUAUGUAUUCGAAGUGUGGGUGUUUGGAGGAUGCUAUUAAGGUGUUUGAAGAGAGGAAAGAGGCAGAUACAGUUUUAUGGAGUGCAAUUAUCGCUGCUUAUGGGUUUCACGGCAAAGGAACAGAAGCCAUAGAAAUAUUCGACCAUAUGGAGCAGAUAGGACUGGAAGCGAAUAACGUCACUUUCUUGAGUGUGCUCUAUGCUUGUAGUCACUGUGGGCUGAAAGAUAAAGGGCUUGAAAUUUUCAACUCAAUGGUGGAAAAGCACAAGUUAGUGCCUCAACUGGAACAUUACACCUGUGUGGUUGACCUUUUAGGAAGAUCGGGUCGUUUGGAGGAGGCUGAAGCCUUCAUAAAAUCAAUGCCUCUCAAGGCGGAUGCUAUUAUAUGGAAGACCCUUCUAUCAGCCUGUAAAACCCACAAGAACGCAGACAUGGCUGAAAAGAUAGCCGCAGAAGUUCUGAAGAUUGAUCCUCAAGAUUCGGCUUCGUACGUGCUUCUUUCUCAUACCCAAGCCUCUACUAAAAGGUGGAAGGAGGUUUCAGAAGUGUGGAGAGCAAUGAAAGAGAGAGGGGUAAAGAAAGAGCCAGGGGUAAGCUGGAUGGAAUUAAAGAACCAAAUUCACCAAUUUGUUAUGGGCAGUAGAUCUCAUCCACAUUGUGAGGAGAUUGAGAGUUAUCUGGAGGAGUUAACUGCAGAGUUGAAGCUAAGUGGGUAUGUGCCAGACACAGGAUCAGUCAUGCAUGACAUGGACAUGGAGGAGAAAGAGUACACCUUGUUGCAUCACAGUGAGAGGUUGGCAAUAGCUUUUGCUCUGAUGAACACCCCUGAGGGUUCCCAGAUAAGGGUGAUGAAAAACUUGCGAGUCUGCAACGAUUGCCACGUGGCUAUUAAGUACAUUUCCAAGAUCAAAGGGCGAGAAAUUGUUCUUCGUGAUUCCAGUAGGUUUCAUCACUUCAAAAAUGGUCAUUGCUCUUGUGGAGAUUACUGGUGACUUGACACUGGAGUGCAACAAUAUUGGAUGCCCAUUACUCCCCUCCUUUUAUAUAAUGUUGGUAAGUGUUGUGGUUAUAUCAUAAUGAUAAUCCAUUUUUUCUAACUUGAACAAUGAACACAACUAAAGUUUUGUUCUUCAU